CAGCAGACUCUCACUCUUUCAAUAUCGCCAACAAUCCUUCCACUCGCCAUUGUUACCCAACAUUUGUCGCCGCGAACAGUUCCUUUGUCCAGCCCACAAAGUGCUUUCUUCGCCAACGUCUUCGCUCUUUCACUGAAGCCGCCUCACGACCGAUCGAAUCGAGGAUCAACUGACGCCCCACCCUGGAAGGAGCAAGACAGCCAGACGGGGAAUAACCCGCCACAAGUAACAGAACUUUGGCUGGCGACAAGGCCGCGCUCGACAGUGGUGCGCACGCCACUGCGAAGGACACGCUGCGUCGACUUUCAUGUCCUAUACCUCGAGACCUACCGCGAUCCCACCUUCGCCAACUUCUCCGCCUGAUUCGGGUCUAAAGCGCCGUCGCUUCUCUGACAACCUCCCGCAAUCCCCGAUUUCUCCUUCUUUGAUGUCAGUCGCAACGAAGAGCUAUGUACCUCCUUAUGGACAUAACCAGCAUACCGACGAGGUUUCGGGUCGCUCGUCUCCACGCUCGCCGACGAGCGCCGCUUCGCACUCACAGCCAUCUUCCUCUCAGAUAACCCACUCACUACCGACGCCUGCGCAUAGCGUGACGGGCAUUCCCGGACUUGAUAUGGCUGAAGACGCUGAUCAGCAUCGCGACAAGCGACCAAGGCUGGAUACCGAAAAGGAUGAAGAUAGGAUGAAGGUAGAACCAUUCCCGAGGGCCACAAAUCACGAUCGGCAUGAUGAUAUGGAUUUGGACGCUGGCGGAGACGCGGAUGCGCAGGUCGCAAAGCCUGCUGGUGGUUCUGUGGCGGACGAGACGACCCUGGAGCAGUUACAGGAAGAUAUGGGUGAAGCCUUUCUUUCUUGUCGAUCCAAAGUCGAGCGCCAAAGACCGAAUCCGCAACAACAUUUACUGGCAUCAUACGGCCUAGGCCCGUUACUACGGAGUGUAGCCCGCACUGACCCUAGGACUGGCGAGAAGAUCAACAAACUUCGGAAGUCUUACGAAGGGCAGAUUAAGAACUUUGCUCUGGCUGGUCGGAACAAGCCUGUCAAGGGAGAGCGCAAUAUCGAAGAAGACCAACCUGGACCGCUGCGGCGCAUGGCCGGUUCAUCAGCAUGGGGGCUACAACCAGAAGAGCAAUGGAAUGCAGAGCAUGCCAAGUCGAAAAUUGAAGUGACCACCGAUUUCAGGGCGAAAUUGCAAAAGGCAAUGCAAAUGCAACCAGGAACCGUCAGGAACAACGCACACUGGGAGGACGUUCUAGGGUUCGACAAACCGAAGCCGAACGUACUGCCACCACAGCAAAAGGCUCAUCAGCCAACACCAAUGCAUGUCACUAACGGAAUUCCUCGACAACCCGCACAACAAACGACAGACGCAAAACGUCAGACCCGUGGCAAGAAGCGAAGUUAUGGUGAUGACAGUUUCGUUGGAUAUGGUGAAGGCUAUUCCGACCCAGAAGAUGGUGAUGGAGACGAGUAUGGAGGACAAAGGAAACGCAAGAAGGUGAUGACCAUGAUGGGUUCCUGAAAGCUGCCGCGGCUAACGUCGAACAGGAUUUGAUCGGAACACCUGUCGCCUACGGGCAGUAUCAGGAACGUUAGAUGCGCCGGGAGACCGUUUCUCCAGCUAGCCCUGGCCGAGGCCAACACAAAAAAUGCACCAAAUGCCGCCGGACCCAGUCUAUCGAUGAAUUUCGGUCGACACAUAACACAAGGAUACUCGCAACCUGCGCAAGGUGCCGUGAAUUGCAGAAACGGGCUAAAGCCCGUAGAGAUCAGGCUCGACUGUCUGCUUUAUCGACUCUACCCCGACCAAGUGGUGUCUGAGAAUGGCAUUGCACAUUUUUAUGCUAUAUUUUUGCGCCAACCAACCAAGUUUUUAUAAGAUACCCUAAGGAUAGAUACAACAGGAAAAGGGUCAGUCAGCAAGGGGAGGCUUGCCAAACGAUGCAAGGGCGUUGAAUGAUAUUGUUGUCCACGAUUGAGGAUUGAUAAUGAAGUCCUUCGAAGUUCGCGUUGCGACUUGCGAGUCGAUUGGGCUGGGCGUAUUGCAACCUUUUAUUGUUAUUGGGGAGUUCACCCAUUUUGGUGAUGUGGCGCAAGGCAUUUACCUAAGUUGCUACGGCCUUCUAAAACCUCCACGCCCUUUGGCAGCCGGUCCAAGGCGUGCCUUGUACGAAUUAAUGACGGUAGAUGAAUGAGACACAUUCAAGUAUUAA